AUGCUUCACCGGAAAACCAUUGACGUCAGGCGCUUCAAAGAGAUUUGCAUGGACUUCACGCAGCUGCAUUUCUCCUCUACGGUGAACCUCAAUGCAUGGGUCUCACGCGAUAGGCGUCGUACUAUCGAAGAGGAGAAUAGGCGCGAUGACUUGGUCAGGCGUCCUGAAGUGGAGUGGCAGAACUUCGAUAUCGCCCUGAGUGUCCCUGAGCCGACGUAUACUGAGGAGCAGUGUUGGUUCAAGAUCUACGACUACAGUACGUCGGAUCCGGAUGCAUGGGCUACCCCGGAAACUUUCUUCUGCGAGCAUUGUGAACAGGAGAAGGACGCCAGCAUCUUUUGCCGGGACAACCGGUCAUUCAAAUCGGAUCGACCUCAGUUUCCGGAUCGGUGCGUUGGUUGUACUUACAAACAUGCCCUCCGCAACUCGUACUUCCAGAUCAACGAGUACAAGGACCUUCGAAACAGCGAGUCGUACUCCCUAGCCUGCGCAAGGUACCUCUACAUCCAGUUCUUUCAAGACACAAAGCCAGGCGACAAUUUGCUUGAGUAUAUCAAGAAGUGUUGUCCUAUUGCCUAUUGCCUACAUGUCCGUGGGAAAAGUGGUGUCAUCAUACGGCAGCUUCCGAUGCCCCAUCGCGACCAGCAUCGCGUAUUCGUCGUGGGGAAAGGCAAAGCAACUGGCAUGGGACAGAAGCCUCCGUCCAGAGACGAAGCUGUGGAAAGAGACGUCGAAGAGAUCAUUGCAGCUCUAACGAUGAAGAACGAAACAAACUAUGACUCUUCGUAUGGUGUAGACACGUCCACGCUACCACAAGAAGAUGUACACAUGGGUCAUGAAGAACCAGAAGGAGACGCAACCGUUGGUGAGAAUGAUGCUUUGAGGAUAGCGAGAGCAAAGGCCUGGGAUGCAACAAGGCUUCUCGUCCAUGGAUCAUUCGACGUGAAUGCCGACAAUCCCCAGAACUUAUGUGUGCUUUGCGGAAGUUCGGAGCACGGGUUAGGUGCAUGCGACAGCAACUCCGAGCUGAAGCGGGUCCUCUGCGAAGCUUUCGAGGCUAUGACCAACGCCAUUUCCUCAUUUCCUGAAGUGUUAUCCCUUCCACGGGAAAUCACUGAUAGGCGACCUGAUCGUGAAGGUCAAGCAUCAGCUGCAUCGAUGGAUGUUGACAUUGAAAGCAUCGCUUCUUCUUCCACAAGACGUCCGAAAGCGAAGGCUAUGCCGAGGCGUGGCGCCCAUGGGGCACACGCAGGCAUUCGCAUCGUCGAGUACGAUUCACCUCAGGUUCUUGGAUAUGCCAUCAACCGACGAAGAGGAGAACAUGAUGCAUGUGGUGAGGGCACUGCCAAAUUCUCAUGGACAAUGGCUUGUAUGGCACUUCUUCAUCAGGAGCUUCGUCUGCUGAUAUCUCAUCAUCCGGAGGCCCUUCAAGUUCAUCUUCAGGUGGACCCUCUGCAUCCUCUCCUGGUGUCGCUGUGGCGGUGGCAACAUCUGCCAUUGCGCUAG